AUGAGCAGUCCCAAACGAAGAAUCGAGACCGACGUUAUGAAGAUGUAUGCCUAUCGAUCCCUUUCCCUUCACCGAUAUCGCCGCGACAAAGAGGUUCCAUCGGCCUCCGUACAAGACAUUGGAUUCCGAGAGCAAGAAUUCUAUGUUCGCUUCAAGGGACCAGAAGAGACGCCGUUCACUGGAGGACACUGGAAAAUCCACGUGGAAUUACCAGACCAGUACCCCUAUAAGAGUCCCAGCAUCGGAUUUGUCAACCGCAUAUUCCACCCAAAUAUUGAUGAGCUGUCAGGAUCAGUUUGUUUGGACGUUAUCAACCAAACAUGGUCGCCCAUGUACGACAUGCUCAACAUCUUCGAAGUCUUUCUACCACAACUUCUCCGCUACCCGAAUCCAUCUGAUCCGCUCAACGGCGAGGCCGCAGCGUUGAUGAUGAGGGAGCCCAAGGCAUAUGAGGCCAAAGUAAAGGAAUACGUCUCCAAGUAUGCCAGCAAAGAAGCAGUCGAUGAUGCAGGAGAAGACACCGAGUCGGAAGACGAGCUCAGCUCAGCUGGAAGCUAUGAAUCCGGUGGUGAAGAACCAGCUGGAGCAAUGGACGAUGUUUGA